CUUAUUCCGAAGGGGAAGGGGAAGGGGAAGGGCCAUAGCUGUCAUUUCUGAGUCCGAAGCACUUGCUUGUCAUUUUGCGUUCGUUGUUGUUCGAGCAAGCAGGACGUGACAGUCAGCAGAAAUCAAAAUCAUGAACAAUUAUCUUGGGAUAUGCUUAGUGUUCUGUUUUGCAAUAUUUGGAUUGGGCUCUGCCAUCCGCUGUGUCAAAUGCCAGGAUUACACAGGGAGCUGCACACAAACACAGGACUGCAGUUCUGAGGAUGCCUGCCUGACACUGACUGAGAGAGGGGGACAGAAAUAUCGGCAGUGCGUCAAGUACUCUGACUGCGACUUCAAUCGACUGGCCCAGAUAUUCCCAGCUGUAUCAAGCUUCACCUUCAAGUGCUGCACCAGUGACCUAUGCAACGGAGCCACAUCCAUUGGCACUGGCAAGCCGUUGCUGGGCCUUCUGGCCUCAUUGGCAGUGAUGUGGUGGUGUAUGCACUAACCUCGCCCCACACUUACGCCUUAGAAGCUCUAAUGCUGCCUAUCUAAUCAACAUAAGCCGCUGAUGGAACGGCAAGCAGGAAGAUAUGGGCCAAUGGCUCAUGCUGAAAUUAUGCCCUAUUAGUAUUUGCCUGAUUUACUGCAAUGUAAUUGUAAAAUAGGCUUUGGCACUUAACAAUUUCCAUCUAAGGGGGUUUGCUCCAUUAGGUUGUCUAUAGUUUGCUGACCAAAGUUACUGUAAUGUGCUUAAAUGUAAGGGAUAAUUUGAGAAAUGUUUGAGUUUUUGUAUUUGUGUGAUUGAGUGGACAAAGUAUUGUAUAAUUGAAAAUGCAAAUACUGCAGCAUUCAUGAUGUGGAAUUUGGAAGUUAAGGUCAUUUUGUGUGAGACAUUUGUUCACACACAAUGCCUUCACUGCUCUUUUUAAUGCGUAGCGGCAUACCCUGUUACAGAACAUUGCUUUGCCUGUUCUAUAGGAGUCUAUUAAACCAACCUGUCUUUUUUUUUUAAAGGGCACUCUAUAGACCUUUUUGGAUUAAAUCUUUCACAAGGA